AUGACGACGAUAUCUGAAGAAGACAGGGCGGUGCAGCUUGCAGAUAAGGCAAGUGAGAGCACCAAGUCUGGCGAAUUAGCCGUUGCAGCUCGGUACCUGCGUGAAGCUAGUACAUUUGCGCCUGAGCAUCCGCGGAUCAAAGAAGCAUGGGUUGCGCUGAAGGAAGAAGAGGGUAAAAGCGAACUGCUAGGUUAUUGCAGAGCGUGGGUGAGGAGCAAGGAUGAACACGAUGGAGAAAAAGCACUCAAGGCGAUCAAGUCGCAUGGCUUGAAGCAGAAAGAGGCGGAACAGGCGAUGGACAUUCUAUUUGACUUCAAGGGCGAAGAUGAUGUGCUGGAUCAGGUUUCGGGUGAGCUGCUCCAGAACCCUGGAGCACAGAUGUGGCUUGCCAAAGCCGUCCGAGAACAGCCGACACGCAUUUACUACGAGAUGUUCGAGCGGGGAGACGACUCUAUCGACGGCUUGCUCAAGGUCUUGCUCAACCGAGCUCUCUGGUCAGACGACGAAUCUUUCAAAACAGGUCAUAGAGACAUGUUCAUGCUCAGUCUUGCUAUGAUGAUGGAGGAGGCGCUUGAGCACCCAGAACGCGCGAUGAAAGGCAUUGCGCAGCUGCUCGCUCAUUACGCAGAGCAUCUCAAGGGUAUCAUCGAUGCAGAUAGUUUCGACGUCAUCCUCACUUCGCUUGAUAUCCGACUGCCCGCUAGCCUACGCAGUCAGGCUACUCUUGCAAGUAUCAAGCUAUUCGAGCUUGCACCAGAAACUGCUGGCGAAUUGAUAUCGAAAUUCGUUGCGACCCGGACGAAGAAGGGUGACGCGAACGACCUGGUCAUAGCCUUUUCGGCAGCUGCAGUUAUCUUCCCGGUCGCUGUCACACCAGCAGCUGCACUCUUUCUCACAGAUGGCUUUGUCAGCACAUUGGUGUCUAGGGUCCAGAGCAAGAAGUCGCACAACCUUGAACAAGCGACUCUAGAGCUGAUCAGCGCUGCAUGUGUGGAUAAGAAUUGCCGAGAGGCCAUCAGCAAGCACUGCAGAGAGUGGCUAGAAGAUGUGGUUGCAGGAAGCCAGAAUAAGAAACGAGCCAACCUGGCCGCGCUUAUACUCGUCAAGUUGGGGGAAGAGCAGCCAUCCGAAGAUGCACCAAGGAUUGUCAGGGCGGAGAAAGUAGACCAGAGUGACUUGAUUGCUAGUUUCAAAUCGAUGGUCAUAGGCGGCGACGCGUCUUCAAAGCAGGACUCAGUCGAAGGUCUCGCCUACGCUUCCCUUCAGCCCAAAGUGCGAGAAGAUCUCUCCAAGUCGCCAAAGUUCCUCAAACGCCUGAUCGAAACCAUGAGCGAUUCUUCAUCACCGAAAAACAUUGUAUUCGGCGGCCUUACCAUCUUCGUCAACAUUACACAGUACCUCCCCUUGCAGUCGGAAGAGGAGAAGCGCAUGGCACAACUCAAAGCCUACGCCAACGUCCAGAAGCCGUCUGCACCGCACGUCCUUCUCAACGACGAAGAUGUCGCAAUACGAUGCAAACGCGUUCUCGAAGCCGGAGUCGUACCGCUACUCGUCCACGUCUGCAAAAAAGGUUCCCCAUCGAUCCUCACCCAAAGCAGUCUCAUCCUCCUAUCUCUAUCCAAAGAAACCAAAAGCCGCGGACUUAUGGCCCAACAAGGCGCCGUAAAACUGCUCAUCCAAAUCUGGGACCACAUAUCCACCACAAACGAACUCUCAACCACAGGAACGACGCCUUUCCCCCCUACCGCCUUGCCCACAACAGCACAAGCCCUCUCCCGCCUCCUCAUCAGUAUAAACCCUUCUCAUGUCUUCAACGCCGCAUUACCGAGUACAUCAGCCAUCCGCCCGCUCCUCAGCCAACUCAGCCGAACAGAGUCGAGCACAUGGCAAUUACACGCGUUUGAGUCGCUGCUCGCACUCACGAACCUCGCGAGCUUGGAUCGAAACACGCAAGAUCAUAUCAUACGUCAGUCUUUCGAUGUCGUUGUUGAUGAUUUACUACUCAGUGCAAACACGAUGAUACGUCGUGCGGCAACGGAGCUGCUAUGCAACCUCAUGGCCUCACCACGCUACGCGUUCAGCGGCUGGUGGCGCGCUGGCGAUGCUGCUUUCUGUUGA